AUGAUGCAAAUCGUUUCUAAUGUCCUUUUCCUAACCAUUGUACUUGGUACGUAUGUUUCAGCUGUUCGAAUUGGUUCAUUUAAUUUACAUCAAUAUGGAAGUAAAAAAGCUGCUAAUGCAACAUUAACAAAUGUUGUUGCUAAAAUUAUUAAUGAUUUUGAUUUGGCAAUUAUUCAAGAAAUUACUGAUGCAUCACUAAGAGCUCCUCAUGUUUUACAUGAUGCAUUAAAUCAAGUUUCAGGUAAAAAUCCAUAUACAUUAAUAUUAAGUGGACGUGCUGGUCGUUCAAACACAAAAGAACAAUAUAUUUUUUUCAAUCGUGAAGCCACAUCAGGUGUUGAACUUGUUAAUGCUUAUCUUUAUGAAGAUGUUCCAGAUAAUUUUGAACGACCACCUUUCAUUGGUACAUUUAAAGUUAAGAAACCAGGAAAAUCUGGUGUUAAAUUCUUUACUAUUAUGAAUGUUCAUUUACGACCAGAUGCUGCAUACGCAGAAUUACUUAGUAUGCGUGUUGCUAUUGAAGAUUUUAUUACUAAACAUCCACAAUAUUUUGAUGAAACAUCAACAUCAUUCAAUGAUGCUUUAGAACAAAAUGUUGUUGAUGCAACAGUUGAUAAUAAACCAAGUUUGAAAACUAAUCAUCCUAUUUUAAUUGUUGGUGAUUUUAAUGCUGAUUGUUCAUAUAUUUCACUUAGACGUCAAUUAAUGCUUCGAACAAUCAGUUAUGUUGAUUUUACAUGGGUGAUUAAUAAUCAAGUUAAAACAAACACUCGACAAACAUGCACAUAUGAUCGUGUUUUUAUUAAUGGUGAUAAAUUUGUUAACGCUAUUGUACCAAACAGUAAUACAACUGUUCACUUCCAAGAACAAUUAGGUAUGACAUUGGAUGAAGCUUUGGAUAUCAGUGAUCAUAUACCGAUUAAAUUCGAUAUUGAAUGGUAA